AUGAGAAUGCUGUCCUGUCUGUCUCUGGCCCUGAGGGACAUGUGGACUCUGUCCUUCCUUCGGGACGUCUUACGUGAGUUUUUGGGCACAGCUUUCUUCCUCCUCAUAGCCCUCUCAUCCACCACCAUUUGGCCUGCCGUCAACACACAAAACUCCAUCUCCCACAAUGCUGAGCUUUACACCUCUUCCUCCCCCUCUGACCUGAACUCUCUUCAAGCACCUCCAGCCUGCCGCACGGACCCUCUGAUGGUGGCGCUUGCAUUUGGCGCCGCCCUGCUGGUGGUGUGUGUGUGCAUGGGGGAGGUGCAGCUAAACCCGGCCGUCACGCUGGCCCUAGGGUUGGGGCUGAGGCUGAGCCCCUGGCGGGCAGCGAUGUUUGUGGGUGCCCAGCUCCUGGGGGCACUGGCUGCGUCUGCCACCCUCACUUCCACUUUGCGAGGGCACAUGGGCCUGAAUGAGGUAGCACCAGGGGUCCUCUUGUACCAGGCCGUCUCCGUGGAGACAGCUGUCACAUUCCAGCUGGUGCUCUGUGUUCUAGCAGUGUCCCGCCCCUCCUCCGCCGCCAGCCAAUCCCUGGGGCCCCUCGUCCUUGGUAUCUCUGUUAUGCUUGGACACCUUACUGCGAUUGGGUAUACAGGUUGCGGAAUGAAUCCUGCCAGGUCUUUUGGCCCUGCUAUGGUGAUACAAAACUUUAAUAACCAUUGGGUGUAUUGGGUUGGCCCGUGUGCGGGAGCCAUAUUGGCCUGGCUCCUCCACGAUGUGCUGUUGUGGCCACGCUGGAGCAGCGCAGGAGACUGGACAACAGAGUUCAGACAGCUCCUCCUCACAGUCCCAGACAAACAACCUGAUCCAGAACACACCGCAGGAUUAGAGCAGGAUACUUAA